UGGACCAAUGGCAGCGCUGGAGGAAAAUUGAGCCGCCCUGCGAUUGGUCGCGAGGCGUAAUUCGCGCAGCGCAGGGGGAGGGACCGGCGCGAGGCUCGCGUCAAUACCAAGGGUAGUGUGUCGCGCCCAGGUUAACACAUCGCACGCGAGUGACGGCAAGACUCGCUCCACGAGAACGUCACGCGUGCGCGCGCUGCUGUUGGUGUUCGCUUGCAGCCGUCGUCACCUGGUUCCAGCCGCUGGCAAUGGCCCUGCAGGCCAGCAAGAACUCGGCAUUCUCUCCCCCAAAGUCCAUCUCCUGCUCCACCUCGUCGUUGUCGUCCUCGUCGCCCACAGCGUCGUCGUCCCCGAAGUUAACGCCGCCGCCAGAGUUUCACCGCCUCGCACCCUCGCCGCUUGUUUCUCCGUCGGGUGCACCUGUCUACACCAUGCCGGACGCUGCUGCCUUCUCUCCUGCUGCGUGCAUGGCCCGACCCUCCUCGGCCCUCUCGCGGACUUCCUCCCCGGGGUGCGCCAGUGACUGCAGCAGCGUCCAGUCUGAACACUGCUACCCACGGGGCCACCCGAUCGUCUUGUCCAGCCCCGAGCGGCCGGGUAGCGGCAAGGAAAACGAGGAGUGCCCCUUGACGCCGCACCAGCACCAACACCAGCACCAGCCGCAGCCGCAUCGCAUCACUUCGUUCAGUGUCGCAGACAUUCUGGCACACCCCAGCCGGCGGAAAUCACCCGUGACCACCACACCGUCCCCUCCGCCACCCUCCGCUGCCCUCCACUCGCCAACCACCACCACGACCGCUCCGGUGCCGGUGGCCCUCGGGGUGGCCGCGCUGACGGAUGUACGGUGGCCGGCCAACCAGUCGCAGCAUCCGGCCAUCCCCAGUUGGUUCCUGAGCUCUCCGCGGUACUCGCAGCCAAACAGUGUAGCCACCCCUCCCCGACUGACCCCCAACAAGAUGACGCUGCGGAAACACAAGCCCAACCGGAAGCCGCGAACGCCCUUCACGACGUCGCAGUUGCUGUCGCUGGAGCGGAAGUUCCGCGAGAAGCAGUACCUGUCCAUCGCCGAGCGCGCCGAGUUCUCCAGCUCCCUGAACCUGACGGAGACGCAGGUCAAGAUCUGGUUCCAGAACCGCCGCGCCAAGGCCAAGCGGCUGCAGGAGGCGGAGCUGGAGAAGCUGCGCAUGGCUGCCAAGCCCAUGAUGCCCCCCGUGGUGGGGAUCAGCCUGGGGGGCAUGUACACACAGCUGCCCUCACUGGCUGCCCGUACUUCCCUCCUCCAGCCGCAGCUCUUCGGCGCCAUCGCAGGUCUUCAUCCACAGACGUCCUUGCAGCCGCCGGGCUCCCUCGGCUACUUUCACUGAACUGUCCGUUGAAAGAAAGUCAAGGAAGAGUGAGAAAAACACUUUGGUUCGUAGCAGGACCAUUGGUCUCUGGGUCUCUGGCUCCCUCCCGGCAACGGUGUCUUGGACCAGAGUUUCUCGGGCAGCGGUUGGGGUACAGGAGUACUCAUCUGUCUCGGUGGACUUGCUCGAAGCUGUUAGAAACUUUUUGUCAGCUUUGAUCCCCCCCAAGUCUUACCCUGUUGACCUCUGAACUGACCAGUGUCUCGGUGACAAAGCGUGUGACUGCAAACAUUUUGGCUACAAAGAUAAACAGAAGCCGCUGUCACCACGUGAUGUAAUCAUGCCGGGAUUUUUUUUCUCUUGACACCAAUAAUGUCUCAAACAUCACGAGUCUUUUCUUGACCUAUGACCUCGUUCAGCGGAGCCAGCGGCCAGUACGUGUGGUGCGAGCCCCAGCCCCUCCCCCCGCACACCCAUGUUCGCUUGUUAUCGACACCCUGCACGUGAUUGGUUGACCCCGCGCCACCACCACCCUGACACCCGUAAGAGUGGAAAGCGUGAGAAGGCGAGGAAAACAACUUCUUGAACUCAUAUGGCAGCGACUUUGAGGUACACACACACAUACACACUAGCAGGGAUGAGUGCAAUGUACUGAAGAAUGUAGCGCAGGCUCACAACAACCCACCCCUUCCCGUGCACCCGUAAAGUGGUGCUACGACGUCUCAGCGACUGUGAUAUAUAUAUAUUCUGAUCAGUGUAAUUCCGUGAACUUUGACCCAACCUAAGGUACGGGGAGGCUUUGGAAGCAUGGAGACCACAGGGUUCUGUGUGACGAUAAAAUAAACAGAACUCAAAGUUUACCUGUGCAAAUGAGUUAUUUAUACACCUAGGUCAGGGUCCGUCAUCUCGACAAGUUUUUAAAUGAUGACAAACAUGUUUUAGAAUAUAGAAGAAAUAUUCGUUGUACAUUACCUAACUUAAUCGGCGUGAAAACAAAUGUUACAAACUGUCAGUGUUCUGUGUUUGGUUAGAUGUGUGUUGAUCUUCAAUUAUAUCUCCAUUUCCCA